GUCAUAAUUUUAAACUGGCAAACUGAGAAGAACUGUUCAAAUGUCUAUAGUUUCCCUUCAAAUUGGCCAAUGUGGUAAUCAAAUUGGAGCAAAGUUUUUCAAUACUAUAUAUGAUGACUGUUGUGCCAAGCAAAAAUCACUUUCACCAAAAGUUGAUACAGCUUAUAUUCAAGACUCAUUAAAUACAUUCUUUUAUGAAUCUUCGAGUAGACAUACUGUUAAUAAUUUGACUUUACUUCAGAAGGAUGUCUAACAGCCAGAUGUGUUCAAGUGGAUAUGGAAGAAAAAGUUAUUGCCAGUGUUACCAAGAAUACUUGUCCGGAAAAGUGGAUUUAUUCUCCUAAUAGUUACAUUACAUCUAAAUGUGGUUCAGGGAAUAAUUGGGCAUAUGGUUAUUUUGUGCACGGAAAUAAAUUCGAAGAUCAGAUACAGUGUUUAAUUCAGAAUCAAUUAGAAAAUUGUGAUUCACUGGACGGUUUUCUAGUGACGAUGAGUUUAGCUGGUGGAACAGGUUCCGGUAUGGGAACGAAAAUACUCACGCAUUUAUCUGAUAUUGUACCUAAAGCAUGUGUACUAUCACAAUUAAUAUGGCCAUUUACACGUGGUGAAGUAUCGGUUCAAGCUUAUAAUGCUAUACUUACACUUGGGCAUUUGUUAUCUCCAUCUACAGCCAAUAGUCUUGAUGGUUUUCUAAUGCAUCAUAAUGAUACGUUACAUUCAAUUUGUUCAAAUCGUCUUUUAGCUAGUGAUCCAAAUUGUCAAAUUGGAAUGGAUCAUUUAAAUGCUCUACUUACUCAUCAAUUAGCAGGAAUUUUACAGCCUACUAUAAAUUAUACUGAAUCAGAAUAUUUUAAAGAUAAAAAACGUUUAACAUCUUAUUUAUUGGAUCUUUGUGGACAUCCUGAUUAUCGAAUAACACGUUUACGUUGUUUACCUUAUAUGCCAGUAGAAAAUCGUAAAUUUUGUACAGAAACUUGGUCUCAAUUAGCUCGACAUGCUAGACAAAUGUUAUUGACAGGUUCUGCUGUAGAAGAUAAACUUGAUUGGUCGGUCAAUACUUCAGGUAGUGGAUCCAAAAACAGAUUUGAGAAUUCACGGCUACCAUUGCUGUCCUAUCUAUCUGUAUUACGUGGUGACGGAGCAAGUGAUCACGUUCGAAAUCCGAUUAAUUUUAUUAAUUCACUUACUAGGGAUAUUUUGGUUGCUGGACCUCCACCAGCUCCUGUUCCCUCUUCUUUAGGCUCAGCUGUUCGUGGACAUCCUCGUCAUUUUGGAGAGUACCCUCGCAGUUUAUUUGUUGCUUCUAACGGUGGUGGCCCACGUAUAGACAAUACUUCUACCGUUGGAAUUGAUCGCAAAGAAUUAUGGAUGUCUGCAGCGUCGUUAGGUGACACAUCAUCUAGUUUGAAGUAUGUAUCCUCUCGUGCCUGGGAAUUGUUUGCUUCUAGAGCAUACAUUCAUCAAUAUGAAAAAUAUGGACUGACAACAGAUAUCUUCAUGGACUGUGUCGCUACAGUAGAGCAAAUCGCACACUGCUAUUCUACUUUAUCAUGGCACUAAAAUUUUUCUUGGGUUUUAAUCUUUAAUUUACUUAACAUUUUGUAAAUAGUUUCUUCAAUGUAUAUAAAAAAAAUAUACUCAAUUUUCUAUUCAUUGUACUUUUUCAGUUGAGUUUUUAAUUGACUGCAGAAUGUUUG